AUGUUGAGUUACGUUGCGAUUGGACUGGUUGGCCUCGUUGGCCUGGUGGUGUUCUGGUUAUCAACGAAACUUGCCGCACUCAGUCGCAAUAUUGCUGCGGCAAAACAAUCUGGUCUUCCAUAUCGUAUAUCCAUUAUCGAUGGCGUGCCGGGAUAUCUCUGGAUAGCAACUCACAACCUUUUCCUUGGCCCGCUUCACAAGUUCACCCCGUCACGGAGAUGGCUAUGGCCGAAACUUGCUCAUGUCCAUCGCUCCUGGUAUUACCCUCAAGAAAUGCGAGAAGCUCUUGGAGAGGUCUACCUGAUAGUUAGCCCUGGGCAAAUAUUCAUGAGCAGUAGCAAUCCAGAGGCGAACGUACAGCUCACAACCCGAAGAAGGGACUUCGUAAAGCCUGUGGAGUUGUACGCCAUAGUCGAUAUCUUUGGACCGAGCCUCUUGACCACGGAGGGGGACGACUGGAAACGACAUCGCAAGAUCGUUGCACCAGCCUUCUCUGAGAAGAGUAAUUCCCUGGUUUGGAAAGAGAGUUUGCGACAAGGAUUAGCAAUGGUCGACGUUUGGUCAAAAAUAGAGGGAAAUACCUCUGGGUCAAUGAAGGUCCAAGAUACCGCUCCGUACACUGCUACCAUGGCUCUGCAUGUGAUUUCUGCAGCUGGAUUUGGAGUAAGGCAACUAUGGGCAGGCGAAAAUGAGGAAAAGUUAGGGUCCAACGCAAUUCCUGGUUUCAACACGUCCAAGCUAGUUGAAAGUCAUGCCAUGACUUUCAAGGAAUCUCUCAAAACAUUACUUCACAGCAUCAUUUGGUUGGCAAUAUUUCCGGUGUCGUUACUACAAAUAUCGCCUUUUGAACUCCACAAAAAGUUAUUACGAUCAUAUGUUGAAUGCAGCGAUUACUUUUCUGAAUUGUCUGAGUUCAAGGUUAGGCAACUUGAGCGUGGAGAGAUGACGGAGCAGGGAACUAUGGAUGUGAUGGGACCACUCGUCAAGGCUUCAGAGAGAAGUCCGGAAGAUUCCAAAGGACCAUACCUGACAAAGCAAGAAGUCAUCUCCAAUUCAUGGAUCAUCCUCUUCGCUGGGCACGAAACUUCAGCCAACAUUGCACACUUGUGUUUUCUGUUUCUCGCGAUCGAGCUUGAAAAGCAGGCCCGCAUGCAAGAAGACAUUGAUUCAAUCGUUGGAUCUCGAUCUUCCGAAGAAUGGUCCUACGACACUGAUCUCGGUCGUCUCUGGAACACAAUGCUUGGGGCAACAAUUAACGAAACCCUUCGCCUGAUGCCCCCCCUCAUCGAUUUUCCCAAGAUCGUAAGAGGUGCCCCACAACCCCUGACUUUCGACGGAAAAACAGUCUCGGUGCCUACUUCUACAAUGAUCCACGUCAGCACGGUCGGUGUCCAACGAAAUCCCAGGUAUUGGCCUUCCAGUCCCAGCAAGCUGUCGAACAAAACGCACGAUUUAGAUGACUGGGUGCCUGAACGCUGGUUCUCCUCAACCAAGAAAACAACGGAGAAACCGAGCUCCACCGAUUCUGGAAGCGAGGAUAGUGAGAACACAACCUCCUUCGAUACUAGCGAUGGCCUUCUCGUAUUACCAAAAGGAGUAUUCAUCCCCUUCGCUGAAGGUGCUCGGGCUUGUCCUGGAAGACGCUUUUCUCAGAUUGAGAUCACGGCCGUACUAGCUGUGAUCUUCAAAACAUAUAGCUUGGAGCUAGAUGUCAGCGAAUGGGCAAGUGAUGCACAAGUUGAGAAGAUGAGCAAAGAGGAACGGAGGGCGGUAUACCAGAAAGGAAUAAACAAGGCAAGGAACCUGAUCGCGGCAAGUCAGUCGGAGAUCUUCUUGAAAAUGAGGGGAAAGUAUCCUGUCAGAUUUGUGAAGAGGGGAGAGGAGAAGUUUAUGGGUUGUUUUAGUUGA